AGGAGUCGGCUUCAGUCGGUGAGGUGCACGGUGCCCCAAAGCCGCUCUGCCUCACACACGCACGUGCGCGCGCGCACACACACGCACACGCCGCGCGUCCGAGUGACUGGAUGCCGAGAGAGAGAAAACGAGAGGAGAGAGACACGCUUGCGAUCAGCGGACCGUCGGCCAGAGCACUGCGGGGCUGCGAGCGGCUCCUUUCUGCGGCGCACGGCUUCCACCAGCUGAUUCGGACGCGCGCACCUGGCGGAGGCGCGGCGACGCGGAGCAGCCUCCACCGGCGGAGCAUCUACCGGACCAGAACGCGCGUGGGGGAUUUCUCUGCCGUCUUUCUCGUGGAUACUAUGUGAGACACAGAGCAGCGUGUCGGCACGGCUCCAGAUUUCGUCCUGGUGGAUUUCGUCGGUGAACGGGGAAUUGGAAAGCCGCGUGCAUACUAAUCGGCGUCGGAGGGGGGGACACGCACGCAGCGCGCAUCCAGAGCGGCGGAGUGGAUCAAAUGAUCGUUUAGCACAACCCAGCCAUGCUGAUAACAAGUAAAGGGUCGAGACCGAGGGCUCGGGACAGUAGACCGUGCGUGUGUUCAAGUCUCUGCCUUUUGAAGCCGCUCCUCUAUUUCUGCGUCGUCUUCAUCCUUAUUCGGCCUCCAACUGUCCGUGGAGCGCUGGAGCUCCAGCUGGACGAAGAGCAGCCCGUGGGAACCAUCGUUGGUGACAUCAGCGCUGGGCUGCCACCGGGCGAAACCGCAAGUCUGUACUUCAUCUCUGACCACGAGGGCACCGGCGUUGGCAGCGACCUCAACAUCGAUGAAACCACCGGCAUCAUAACCACUGCGCGGCGCCUGGACCGCGAGAAGCGGGACCACUACAGCUUCAUCGCCGUGACAAUGACGGGAACCACUAUUGAGGUCUCCAUCACGGUCAACGACAUCAACGACCAUGCACCCGCGUUCCCCAGGAAGAAAGCCGUUCUUAAAAUCCCAGAGCACACGGCAGUGGGAACAAGGUUCUCCCUGGAGCCUGCAACCGACGCGGACAAGGACCAGCUCACUACACAAGGCUACGCUGUACGAGAGGGCAAUGUGGGCCAGGCGUUCAGGCUGGAGACCAAGAGGGCUGCCAACAAGGUGCUGUACCUGGACCUCGUGGUCAACGGGCUGCUUGACAGAGAAAAGCGUUCCUCCUACACCCUGGUUCUGGAGGCGUUUGACGGCGGCUCGCCUAGAAGAAUAGGGUCCAUGACUCUGGAAGUGAUCGUGACUGACAUCAAUGAUCACGCGCCCGCCUUCAACCAGAGCAGAUACCAUGCUAUUAUUUCUGAGAGUCUACCACAAGGCAGUAGCAUCCUACAGGUGUUUGCAACUGAUGAAGAUGAGGGAGAUAAUGGCCUAGUGCUUUAUGAAAUCAACAGGCGUCAGAGUGACCCGGACCGUUACUUUGUCAUGGAUAUGAAGUCUGGGGUCAUUACUCUCAACAGGCCCCUGGACUAUGAGCUGAAGAGGGUCCAUGAACUGGUGGUCCAGGCCAGGGAUAACGCCAGCCAUCCUGAGGUCACCAAUGCAUUCGUGACUAUCCACGUCCGUGACUACAACGACAACCAGCCCACCAUGACCAUCAUCUUCCUUAGCGAGGACGGCUCCCCGAGAAUCUCAGAGGGAGCUCAACCAGGCCAGUACGUCGCCCGGAUAUCUGUGACUGACCCCGACUACGGCGAGUACGCCAACGUGAACGUGUCCCUCGAAGGAGGCGACGGGAAGUUCGCGCUCACCACCAAAGACAGCAUCAUUUACCUGAUAUACGUAGACCAGGUCUUGGAUAGGGAGGAGCGGGAUUCAUAUGACCUCCGGGUGAUGGCCACGGACUCUGGCACUCCUCCUCUCAGGGCAGAGUCUUCUUUUACCAUUCAGGUGACUGAUGUCAAUGACAACCCUCCCCUCUUUGACCAGCAGGCCUACAGACAAACUAUUCCCGAGGUUGUGUAUCCGGGGUCGUUUGUUCUGCAGGUUACUGCCAGAGACAAGGACCAGGGACCCAAUGGGGACGUCCGGUAUAGCCUCCUCAAAGGCAAGAACACUCACUCUGAUUGGUUUUCCAUUGACCCAGUCACCGGAAUAAUUACCACCGCAGCCGCCCUGGAUUUUGAAUCAGAGCCAGCGCCUAGCGUGACCGUUAUUGCGACCGAUAGCGGCCGCCCACCGCUGUCAUCGACGGCGAAGGUGGACAUUGUGCUGCAGGAUGUUAAUGACAACACACCGGUGUUUUCUAGCAGCUUCUACAACGCCUCCAUUAAGGAGAACACCCCGGCAGGGACCUGCUUCUUAGAGGUCUCGGCUACAGAUGAAGACCGCGGCUCCUUUGGUGCCGUCAGCUACACCUUGGGUUCAGUAUCCGCAGGAGCGGCGCAGACCCAUUUUACAAUAGGCAAGGAGACGGGCCAGCUGUGCACCAGCACGGCUUUGGACCGGGACGUGGGACUGGACAAGUUUGACCUGACUGUCACCGCGACAGAUGGCGGAGGUCUGAGCUCGGUAGCUCGUGUGAGCGUCUCAGUGGUGGACAUUAAUGACAACCGGCCUGCGUUCUAUCCAGUCCUCUACACGGUCAGCCUCAGCACCCAUAGUGCCCCGGGAACGUCGGUUGUCAAGGUAACCGCAAGCGACCCCGAUGCCGGGGAGAACGGCAGGGUGACCUACCGCACAGUGCCUGGAGGGGGCUCUGGCUUCUUCACCCUCAACAAGGACACAGGUGUGAUUUCUCUCUCGCGCUCGCUCCACGGCAAAGCCAACACUGUAAUCUCCAUGGUGAUAUCGGCCGAGGACGGCGGCGGUCUGACGGCGCUAGUCAAUGCCAGGGUGAACGUGAGCGUGGUGGGGGGCUCGGUGGCGUCCCCCGUGUUCGAGCAGGCGCAGUACUUCUUCACGGGGGCCGAGGACGUCCUCAGGGGCACGGCGAUAGGAGUCGUCCGCGCUGCAGCCAAAACAGGUGCUUCGAAGGACAUCUUCUACUCCAUCUCUUCAGGAGACCCUGAUGGUUUUUUCACAGUUGACAGUGCGUCCGGAACCAUCCGCACAGCCCUCCCUCUGGACCACGAGACCUGCUCCAGUCUGGACCUAGAGAUCCAGGCGCGUUCCGGGACCCCUCCUGCUUACGGCACCAGCCGAGUACACAUAACCAUAUCAGACGUCAAUGACAACGCCCCCACCUUCCUCCCUUCGUCAUCAGAGUCGCUCCUUUUGCCGGAGGUCACCAAAAUGGGGACCGUCAUCUACCGCAUCCAGGCCACGGACAAGGACUCUGGUCACAACGGGCAUCUAAGCUUCGACUUGGUCUCUGCUGGAGCUGCAGGCAGCAGUGGUCAGAGGACGUUCGGCGUCGAUCGGGGAACUGGGGAGGUGCGUCUGAUCGGGAGCCUGUCGUACGAAAGCGUCCCGCGCUACGACCUCCAGGUGGUCGCCAAAGAUGGCGGCGCACCUCAACUCAGCUCAACCUUCACCCUUAUAGUCCACAUCCAGGCACAAGAUGCACAAGGCCCCAACUUUGACACGCUGACGUACCGAGUGGAGCUGCGGGAAAACACACCCCUCAACACGCGCUUCCUGCAGGUUCGGGCGCUCAACAGGGAGGCUUCGAGGAACGGGGGAAGUUCCUCGUCAUCCUCCUCCCCCAUUUCCUACCGCCUCAGGCCCGAUGGUGACGCUGCUGGUUUCGGAAUCAUGCCAGAUAGCGGAUGGCUUUUCGUUCGUAGCUCCCUGGACCGUGAGGUCAAAGACAUGUACCUGCUGACAGUCCUGGCCACCUCGGGUCCAGGAGGCGCUGGGAGGACGGGCAGCGCCACGGUCAGAGUGACGGUGACCGACGAGAAUGACAAUUCCCCCAGACUGAGCCAGGAGAGGGUUUUCCUGGCCGUCAGGGAGAACCUGCUAGCAGGCACGGGCUUUGGGAGGGUGUCCGCGACAGACAGGGACGCUGGAUUGAACGCUCGACUCACCUACAGGCUGUUGCACACUGACAGACACUUUCAGAUCAAUUCACAAACAGGGGAGAUCAGCACUCGCCUCGCUCUGGACCGAGAGCAGCAGUCCAGCUUCCAGCUCGUUGUGGUGGUGCAGGACGGGGGCACGCCUCCCCGCAGCGCCACCGGCACCGCCCACGUCACCGUCCUGGAUGAAAAUGACAACGCUCCCACCUUCACGCACGCCAGGCCGGACAGGGAACUGCUGCUUCAGGCCAUGGAAGGUUUGCCUCCUGGAACAGUGUUAGGAACAGUGACAGCUAAAGACCCAGAUGAGGGAGAGAAUGGGACUGUGUAUUACUCUUUAUCAGGCUCAAGGACCGAGCGUUUCUCCCUGAACCCGACCAGUGGCGAGCUGAGAACGGCCUCCCCUCUGCGGUGGGCAGAGCGAGCGGAGUACACCCUGACUGUGACAGCUGCUGACCAUGGCUCACCAGGCCUCAGCGCCACCUGCCAGCUGCGCAUACAGGUUCUCAGCACCGCAAAGUCCAACCCCAAACCCAACAUGCUCUCCAUGACCCUGAACACAGUGGAAGGGGCUGCUCCCGGCUCUAUCAUCGGCUCGGUUCGCCCACACGACAAGCCCGAGUCCGCCAUACUGGAAGGCCAGGUGACCUACCUGGUCGUGGGCGGGACAGACCACGAUGGGACUUUCAUGGUGGACCGUCUAAAGGGCGACGUGUAUCUGGUGCGCGAGCUGGACUACGAGAAGGGGUCGAGGCACACUUUGCACAUUGAAGUGUCAGACUUCUCCCAAGCGUUUCCCAGUAGCCAUCUGGUGCAGUUGGACAUCAAUGUGCAGGACAGCAACGACCAUGCGCCCAAGUUCAUGGAAGACCCUGUUACCAUUGUGAUCCCAGAGAACAUAGAGCCUGGCGCAUCCAUAUACACCUUCCAGGCUGUAGAUCAGGAUGGCAGUGGACCCAACAGUGAGCUGCGAUACUCCAUUGAGCACUACUGGCCGGACCGGCCAGAGCUGGUGACGCUUGACUCCUCCAGCGGAAUCCUCACUCUGGGCCAGAAGUUAGAUUGUGAGUCCACACCUUCCAUCUACCUUGUGGUGCGCGCCACAGAUCAGGCCGUGGACCCUGACGAGAGGCGCUGGGGUUCGGUGAGCGCUCGAGUGUUUGUGACAGAUGAGAAUGACAACGCUCCGGUCUUCAGCUCCCCGGCUGCAGUCAGCGUCAUGGAGGACCAGCCUGUAGGGUUCGUCAUUUUGUAUGUGAUGGCUCGAGAUGAAGAUGAGGGCGAAAAUGGAAGAGUUUCGUAUAGAAUACAGGCGGGAAACAGUGUUGGUCACUUCAGUCUGAACCCUAACACCGGCUCUCUCUCAAUCCUAAAGGCUCUGGAUCGAGAAGAGCAGGAAUUCUUCAAUCUGACCAUUGUGGCAGAGGACCAUGGGAUACCUCAGCUUUCCACCUCUCAGGUGCUGUGCGUGCAGGUGAUUGACGUGAACGAUGAGGCGCCAAUGUUCCAUCGAGCAGAGUUUGAAGCACAGGUGAUGGAAAACCAGGGACCAGGAACAACUGUGCUGACGGUGACCGCCAUCGACAGAGACCAAGGUUCUAAUGGCCAAGUGAUGUACGGAGGUGUGACAGAGGAAGGCUUCAUCAUCAACCCUGUGACGGGAGUCAUCACCACUACCAAGGAGCUGGACACAGAGCAGCAGAGUCACUACCGGCUCACUGUUUAUGCCAGGGAUGGAGGGCUGCCUCCUAACUUUGCCAAGGCUGUGGUAAGUGUGGAGGUGCUGGACGUGAACGACAAUGCUCCCGUCUUUGCGAAGCCGUGGUACGGACUGGAGGUGCCGGAGAACCAGGCGCCCGUGGAGCUUUUCUUUCUCAAGGCCACAGACCCCGACUCAGGUCCUGGUGGAGAGCUGGAGUACAGGAUCACUGAAGGAGACCCUGAUGGAGACUUCCAGCUCCACGGCACCACAGGGGGCCUGUCUACAUCACGCAGUCUAGACAGGGAGACGAGGGCACAUUACACGCUGGAGGUGGUGGCCACGGACCGAGGCAGCCCAGCCCUCAGCGCCACUGUCACCGUGGAAAUUAAAGUUGUGGACGUGAAUGACAACACCCCUGUUUUCAGCAAAAGUAGCUACUCUGUGGACGUGUCGGAGGACGCCAGAGAGGGCCAAAAGGUUCUGCAGGUUUCAGCCACAGAUUCUGAUGAAGACCAGAAUGGAAUGAUUUUGUACUUUCUCAGCCAUGAGGCGCACGGAACGUUCGCUGUGGAUGAGAACACUGGUGUUAUCACCACAUCAGCGCCACUGGACAGGGAAAAGCUGGCCUCCUACACCUUCCAGGUGUUCGCUGUUGACCUUUCGCCUGCUGCACCCAGAAACACCUCUGCUCAGGUGACAGUCGCCAUCCUGGACAUCAAUGACAACGCUCCCAUUUUCAUCCAAGACCCUCUGGUCAUCGAAGUGUCCACCGCGCGUCCCCAACGGGUUCUAGCCACCAUGAAAGCAGAGGACAAAGACUUUGGAGCUAAUGGUUCUGUUUUUUACCGUUUCGCUAUGCCGGUAAAGGGCUUCAGCAUCAACUCCCUGACAGGGGAGAUCCAAGCCACUGAGCCACUGGAGGGUCUGACCCAAACCCAGAGGACAUUGAUUGUGGAGGCCAUGGAUCAGGGCAGCCCAGCACAGUCCGCACAGGGGGUGGUGGUGAUUUACGUGAAGGAGGUGGAGUACAAUGGUAUUCGCUUCUCAAGGAGUGCCAGAGAUGUCAGCCUACAGGAGAAUGCCAUCAAAGGAACAGCUGUGGCUCAGGCUCAGGCUCAGCAUCCAGAUGGCACACGUAAGGGUAUCAGCUACAGCCUCUUCAGUGGAAACAAAAGACAGGCCUUUACGAUCGACUCUUCAACAGGCGAAAUCCAAGUCCAGAGCUCCAAUGGACUGGACUUCGAAGACACCCCGAGACUUCGCCUGGUUGUGAAGGCCGAGACUGUGACCUCCACAUCUUUCAUGGCCUUUAACUUGAUCCUGCAGGAUGUAAACGACAACCUUCCUCGCUUCCAACUGCAAAAUUAUGUGGCCUACAUGAGAGAAGCCCAGGGAUAUGAAAUGCCAAUCAUACAGGUGGUUGCUGAGGAUGUUGAUCAGGGCCAGAAUGGUCAGGUGACGUACUCCAUCCAGUCAUCGGGCAUGAGUGGUCUGUUCAAGAUUGACCCGGUGACAGGAAGCAUCACCACGGCCGCCAUCAUGGACCGUGAGAUCUUUACCCAGACCAAGCUUGUAGUUACAGCAACAGAUAGAGGAAGUCCACGGCUGGCUGGUUCAGCCACACUAACGGUGAUAAUUAUUGAUCAGAAUGACAACAGUCCCACCAUUCCCCUGCCUCAGGAGCUUCGCAUUCCAGAGAAUACACUGAUCGGCACCGAGAUCACUCUGGUGACGGGCAACGACGUCGACUCCAGUCCUGCCCUCGCCUACUCCCUGCAUCUAGACCCAAUGGCCUCCGGCAAGUUUGGCAUUCACCGGUUCAGCGGAGGCGUGUCGCUCACCGCCACGCUGGACUUUGAGGAGAAGACGUGGUACACGCUUACCGUCAGAGCCACAGACAGCCAGCAUCAGGCCGAGGCCAACGUUACCAUAUUGGUGGAGGAUAUUAAUGACAACGCACCAGUGUUCACUCAGGAUCUCUACCAGGUAACUCUGCCAGAACACACGCCACCAGGAAGUGCCGUUGUAACAUUAACUGCAACCGACCGGGACUCAGGAGACAAUGGAAAGAUCACCUACAGCGUGAUGUCAUCAACACAGGAGGGUUUCUACAUCGACCCCAACAACGGAACCCUGUUCAUCAGUCACAGAGCUGAGUUUGACCCUGAGCGUCCAUCAGUCAGUAUUGUCAUUGAGGCUCGUGACAGAGGCUCGCCCUCACUCUCCUCCCUCACAACGGUGCAGGUUCAGAUCUCUGAUGUAAACGACAACGCUCCAGUUUUCCAUCAGUCUGAAUACAGGGCUACAGUUUCUGAGGAUUCCAUACCCGGAUCAACAGUUUUGACCUUUGAGGCCUUUGACAGCGACCUCUCUCGAGACAACUGCGGCUUUGACUUCGCCAUUGCCAGUGGAAACGAAGGAAACACAUUCCAGAUCGAAAGCAGCGUUCGCUUCCUGGAAGGCCGGGGCUUUCAAACUGUCGGGACUCUGCUGUUGGCUGAGGGACUUGACUUUGAAACCAAGCCUCUGUACAACCUCACAGUGGUGGUCUCAGACCGCGGCGUGCCCCAGAGGAGUUCUAGCGUUGCGGCGGUAAUAACGAUUAGCGAUGUGAACGAUAACCCCCCGGUUUUCAGCCGAGCAGAAUAUACCGUGUCACUGAGUGAGGGAGCGGCUGCUGGGACUGAGAUCAUACGACUCACUGCUACGGACCCAGACUCCACUCCCAAUGCAGAGGUUCAGUAUACUAUCAGCUCUGGUGACGAGGUGAACUUAUUUACCAUGGACCAGUGGACUGGAGCUCUGCGGCUUCAGCGUGGUCUUGACCGCGAGCAUCAGUCCACACAUGUUGUCAUCAUCCAGGCCACAGACGGACAGGGACACUUUGCACUGGUUCCAGUCAUUGUUGAGGUCAAAGAUGUGAACGACAAUCAUCCAUUCUUCCCUGUGGAAGUCCUGACAGCUAGUAUCAGAGAAAACCAACCAGGAAACUCAGCUGUGACUGUUCUCCACGCCAUAGACCACGACACUGGAGUUUUUGGCCAGUUGAAGUACUACAUGCUGGAACAGUCUGGGGUGGGAAAAAACAGCUUCACUGUAGACCACAGCACUGGGGAGAUCCGAAGCAAAGUUGCCUUUGACUUUGAGAAAGUCAAUUCCUUUAACUUUGUAGCCGUGGCAGUAGAUUCAGGCAACCACUCAGCUACUGUGACCGUGCAGGUGUUUGUCACAGGUGAAGAUGAGUAUGACCCACUCUUCACAUCAUCUGAUUUCUCCUUUGAAGUCCCAGAGGGAGCCAAGAAAGGCCAGAGCAUCGGCCAGGUCCAAGCGAAUGAUGAGGACGGAGGGGUUGAUGGGAUCGUUCUGUAUUCCUUUCCCACCAGCUCUCCAUAUUUUGAUGUAAACAGAACCACUGGAGUAGUUUUCCUCAAGUUGGACGGUUCCAGCAGCAGCAGGAGCAGUGGGGCCGGCCAAGCCAAAAGGGAAACCAGGCUGAUGACUCUUGAUGUUAAAGCUCACAGCCCAUUGGAUGCGUCUCGUUCCACCACAGCUCAGGUCUCUAUCGAUGUGACAAAUACCAACUUUGGCCUGGCGCCUGAUGUCAACAUUCUGCUCAUUAGCAUCAUUGCGGUCUCUCUUGGUUUUAUCAUAUUGCUUGUGAUCAUGGCCGUGGUGGUUUUCCUAGUCAAGUCUCGUAGGAGAAAGAAAGGGCAGGAUGCAGGAAAUAGAACUGUUGGGUCAGGAACUGCCCUGCAAAAACUGGACGACUGCAACUCGGGACCUGGCGGAGAUAGAAUCUACCACCAGACCUUGCCAGGCUACGCUGGAGAUCAGGGUGGUGCCGGUGGGGGUCCCUACACUAGAGGCGGCUCUUUGGACCCUUCUCAUUCCAGUGGCAGAGGAUCAGCUGAGGCAGCCGAGGAUGAUGAGAUCAGAAUGAUCAACGAGUAUCCUCGUGUUGCCUCCAUCACAUCGUCCAUGCAGGAGCACAUCUCGGCUAGAGGACCAGACUCUGGAAUUCAGCAGGAUGCCGACCAGCUCUCUGAUAUCUCCUGUGAACCCGCUGCUUUGGAGGGUAGCACCUGGUUUAAGGGAAAGAAGCUUGGAGGCAGCCUCAGUGGGACUUUGCUCUCUGGCCAGCUUCCUAUGUAUAGGGAUGAAGGAGGUGGAUACCUGGGAGUUGGCCGCGGCCUCAACAUAUCUCUUCCUAAGGAUUAUGCCUUCCCCGAGGACGGAAAACCUUCAGUUGAUGGUUCUCUCACAGCUAUUGUUGCCAGUGAUGAGGAGCUCCGCGGAAGCUAUAACUGGGAUUACUUGCUUAACUGGUGCCCACAGUUCCAGCCUCUGGCUAAUGUCUUUACAGAGAUCGCCAGACUAAAAGAUGAAACUGCCCAGCAGAGCCAGAACCCUCGCCAGCCUUUCCAACCCAAGCCUAAAAUGGACCCCAAACCCAGGAUUGACCCCCCACCACUUAUCACAUCUGUGGCCCACCCAGGGGCCAUGUCGGUUCCCCCUAAGGUCCCCGUUAUUGGACGGACAUUCCCUCACUUGGCCUCACUCCGUAGGUCCCCCAUCAGUCAUGAGGGAUCCAUUUCGUCAGCAGCAAUGUCGCCUAGCUUCUCCCCUUCUCUGUCACCACUGGCAGCCCGGUCUCCGGCUGUGUCCCCCUUUGGAGUGAACCAGGGACCCUCAGCAUCCAUGAUCAGCACCAGGGAGCCCUCACUGGAACAGAGUCCUGAUCAUGAGAUGAGAAUAUGAAUCAGAAGCUAAUUUAUGGAAGCACAUAUAGACAACCAGAGCAAACCAUCAUAAAGACACUAGUCCUACCCAUAAAGGUAGAAUAUUUCUGUUCAGUAUCCUUUCGGUGUUCGUACAGGAUCACAGUAAGUGUGCCUGGGUUGACCGGACCAGCCAUUCUUCCACAGUGACGCAGGUCUUCAUGAACUAAUCAGGGCUAAGAGGUGAAGCGACCUUCAUGGGAAUGUGCCCAUACCAUGCCCUGCAGUCUGAGAUCCCUUAGUGUGUAGCGCUAGAAGUGUGUAGUUUUCAUGUGACCUCGCUGGCUGGCCAGAGAGCUAUGGACCUUGUUCCUCUCCUUGUCUGUGGACAUUUUUACACCCCAGUAUUAAACUCAUCUCGCGGGCUGCUCUGAUCGCACGUGUGAACCCAAGUCACAGACAAAGACAAAGACAUUGCCAAUGCACCACGUGCACCGUCACGAAGGAGAGCAAAGGAGAUUGUUGUUUUUCUCAUACAUUUAAAUGAAACUUCCUUUGAUUUUGUUUUUAUUUUCUAUAUUUUUAUAUAAAAUUAUGAUUUCAGAUUCUGAUAUGCCAUUAUUCCACAUGGAGAAGUUAUGGUUUUACAUAUUUGCAAAUAUGUAUAUUUGUAUGUAAGCAGGCUGCUCUAUGUACUGUAUGUGUCUCCUAGGUUUCUAGAGGAAGACCUUUUGUGUUUUUGCUAUUAUUUAUAUGGAAAGAAGAUUUGCUGCCGCGAUUCGGCAGCAGGAAACUGGGAGCAGCUCACACUGUGCUGUGUUGUCACUACAAGUAUUUUUUUUGUCAAACAGCUGAUCAUUCCUAAUUUAAAGUGGAAACAUCCCGUGUUCUUCUUUAGCCGUCCCCGCUGUGCUCACAUGAACAGCACACUCCUUAACUUGCUGAUCACCUAUGUGUCUUUGAUAGAAAGUACUUCCUUAAGUUACUUCACUUCACUUAAAUGCAUUUUACUGUGAAGUUCUCCUUUGCAGCACAACAAAACUAACAUGUGGUGAAGCAACUGGGAUCCUCAGAGAAAAUGACAAGAGAAGGACAAUUGUAGCACAUGAGUGAGACCGGUGGGAUCGGGAGCCUGUGUGCAUGAAGCUUUGUUGAUGUAUAAGGAUUUAGCGACCAGUGAAGUAUUAGUUAUCCAUGCACCCAUUCUGUGCAUUUAAUUUCUGAUUCCUACAACAAGAUUGUUACCAACGUAAUGAGAGUUCAGGUUCAGCGUUCGUGCAUUUCCAUCCAGCAUUAACAGUCCACUUGUGUAGCAAGAGGCAAAGGGCUUUAACGGCGUAGAUCUCAUCCUGACGUGUGUUUUCAUAGUUUGGACUAAUUGGUAUUCGGAUGUCUUCUUGUUUUCAAGAGAUUGUCCCCACCUCUGUGUUUUGUUCAUCAUAACUCCACAAAUUGCCUCACGGCAAGCUGGAAGUAGUUGAGCUAAAAGCUCCACAUGCCAUGAGCCUACAACAGGAUCUCGACGCUCAGAAACAUUUGUGUUGGAGAAUGUUUGGAUGUUUGGAGCUCUGUCUGAGAUGACUGCCAGUGAAAAGAAAAAGUUGUAAAUGCAUUUGAAGCAAAUAAUAAAUUCCUACUGAUCAUUUUGACAAA